AUGGCAAACUCAAAUAUCAUAGGGGUUCAUUACCGUGUGGGUAAAAAAAUAGGAGAGGGAUCGUUUGGAAUCAUUUUUGAAGGGGUUAAUCUACUUAAUAAUCAACAGGUUGCUAUUAAGUUUGAACCCAGGAAAUGUGAAGCUCCUCAGCUUCGGGAUGAGUAUCGUUCUUAUCGGAUAUUAACGGGCAUUGAUGGGAUUCCGAAAGCUUAUUUCUUUGGUCAAGAAGGUGUUCAUAAUAUACUUAUAAUAGAUUUGUUGGGUCCUUCAUUAGAAGAUUUAUUUGAUUGGUGUGGUCGGAAGUUUCUGGUUAAAACAGUUAUUCAAGUGGCUAAACAAAUGAUAUCAAGAGUGCAAUCUAUUCAUGAAGCUAAUUUAAUAUAUCGAGAUAUUAAACCAGACAAUUUCCUUAUAGGUAAACCAGGUACUUCAAAUGCUAACAAGAUUUAUAUUGUUGAUUUUGGUAUGGCAAAACAAUAUAGAGAUCCUAAAACAAAAGUUCAUAUACCUUUCAGAGAGAAAAAGGCUCUAAGUGGUACAGCAAGAUAUAUGUCCAUUAAUACUCAUGUUGGGAGAGAACAACUGAGAAGAGAUGAUUUAGAAAGUUUGGGUCAUGUAUUUAUGUAUUUCCUUAGAGGUUCAUUACCAUGGCAAGGACUUAAAGCUGCACUGAAUAAACAAAAGUAUGAAAAAAUUGGCAUGAAAAAACAACAUACUCCAAUUAAUGAAUUAUGUUAUGGGUUUCCUAUUCAAUUUGCUCAAUAUUUAAAAUAUGCUCGGAGCUUAAGAUUUGACGAAGAUCCAGAUUAUCCUUAUCUUUUAGGCCUUAUGGAUAAGGCAAUGAUAUCAAUUGAUAGAAAGGAGGAUGAUCACUAUGACUGGAUGGACUUGAACAAUGGUAAAGGCUGGGAUGCAGCCUUAAAUAAGAAGGCAAAUUUACAUGGAUAUGGAAACCCUCAUCCUCCUCAACAUCAUAAAUCAACGAACAACAACAACAACAACAACAAUAUUAUUAAUAAUAGCACCGGUAAUCAAAGAAGUAUUCAACAACAACCCGGCUCUCGCAAAUCUCAACCUAAUAAUCUGGUCCAAGGACGAUACCAAAGUUUACCUCAAUCACUGAACUAUUCACAGACAACUCCACUCUUACAGAAUAAUCAUGAUGCCAGAUAUUAUAUCGAUAUUUCUGUUAGUUUAAACGUUGAUUCGUUGAUUUUCUCAUAA